GUCUCUUCCUGUUUGUUUGUGUGUGUGAGUGUUGGAGCAGCAGCAGCAGGUGAGACACACCUGAGGACUUGUUUUACUCUUUAACACUUUUACACAUCACAGCUUCAGGUAGAAACGUUCCUGUUGUGUUUGAAGACGCCAGAAGAAGAAGAAGAAGAAGAAGAAGAAGAAGAAGAAGUUUAGGAGGGCGUGAGACUGGAAGGGAAACAGCUGCGGACCGUAGCCUAGUUUGGGUUAAACUCUCCCGAGGAAGCGUCAUUUUGCGUAACUUCUCCCUGCUGCUAGAUCCAAGCUGAGCUCAAAAUGCCUCCACCCUCCUCUUCUUCUUCCCUCCUUCUCUCCCUCCUCCUCCUUCUCCCCCUUGUGCGCCCCGCAGGCGCGGCAGAAGACGCGCCCUGCCGCGGCGAUUUCUGCGACGGGCCGGAGAACUUCGUGCUGGACGCGGAGGACGCGGUGAAGGAGGGAGCGGCGCUGCUGGCCACUGCGCAGGUGCGCUCCGAUGAAGACUGCAGAAGCGCGUGCUACGCGGACAAGCGCUGUAACGUGGCGCUGCUGGAGCCGCGCGGUGCAGGCGCGGCAGGCGCCGCUGCGGCGGAGAACCGCACCUGCGUUCUGUUCAACUGCCUCCACAGGAACCGCUUCGUGUGCAGGUUCGUCAACCAGGAGGGAUACUUGAGCUCCGUGAGAAAGGCCGUCUUCGUGCAGCAUUUGCAGGGCUCACAGAGGCCAGGUAAGAAGUCUCCGCCCCUCGCCAUAGCGGGCCCUGAUGUCAUCGUCCAGCCCGGUGAGACGGUGACGCUCAGCGGCGUCCAGAGCCUGGCGCUGGGCGAUGCCCACAUCACCAAGUACCAAUGGAGUCUGGAGAAAGGAGACAGCCACGUCACCUUAACGCAGACAGAGUUUCCUGACCAGGUGAUGCUGUCCAACCUGCAGCCAGGCUCCUACGUCCUACAGCUGACCGUCACAGACUCCAAGGACCAAUCAGACAGUGCCCUGGUCACCGUGGUCGUCCUCAGCCCCGAGCAGUCCAGCUCCUACUGCCUGUCUCAGGUGAAGGUGGGUCCGUGCCGCGCCUCGUUUGCUCGCUGGCACUACAACACGUCGACAGGAAGCUGUCAUCAGUUUGUGUUCGGAGGCUGUCUCUCAAACGACAACAACUUCCUGUCCCAGGACGAGUGUUCAUCAGCCUGCACAGGAGUCACAGCAACGUCCGAGAGGAAGGUCACUCUGCCUUCUGCUGAGGUGUGCGGGGUGGAGUGUACUUCUAAUCAGCUGGCGUGUGACGGCUGCUGUCUGGAUAGAAGUCUGGAGUGUGACGGAGUGAACCACUGCAAGGACGGGAAGGACGAGGAGCAGUGCAGCCAAUUGAAUCAGUCCUUCAACCAGCUGAGGAACAUCAGCGUCAACCAGGGACAAGCUCGAUGUGUGGAGCCCCCACUCACCGGUCCGUGCCGGGCCAGUCACACCCGCUGGUACUACGACCCUCUGAACAGGAAGUGCUAUCGCUUCACGUAUGGCGGCUGUGAAGGCAGCGAGAACAACUUCGACAAGGAACACAAGUGUAAAGAAGCAUGCAAAGGAGUCACAGAGAAGAACGUCUUCUCCAGAGGGCUGUUUGAGCGUUUAGAGACAGAAGAUGAAAACGACUCAGGUAACAUAGCUCUGGCUGUGUGUCUGUCCGUGGCCAUCUUGGCGCUGCUCGCCGUCCUGGCCUACUGCGUCCUGAAGAAGAGGAAGGAGCGCUCCCAUAGGCUGCCCGCCACAGGCCCCGCCCACGUGCCUCUGUCGGAGCAGGAGACGCUCGUCUACAACGCCACCACCAAACCCGCGUGACAUCACUGUCGCCACGACGACCGCCAAAUGGACUUUUAUCAAUCUCAGUAUUUGGGGAAACUUAAACAUUACACAAGCCGAGUUAUAAAAUGCUAUAAAAAAUGCUGGCUCUAUACACGCUAAAAGUCCUGAUUAUUUACAUGGAGUCUGGUGGAGUUUGGUGAUGAAGAUUUUGCAGCAAUCAGAAACAAGGGAACAGAGUGUCCGGGUCUUGUCAGUUUGUAUUUUGUGUGUUUUUUGGGUUUCUUCUCUCAGAUAUUAUCUCUGUAUGUUUAAUAUAUUGUAUUAUGUGUGUAUUUGAGAGUGUUUGGGUGUCAGGUGUGUUUUCAGCUGUCUGAUGUAAAUAUGAAAUGUUAUUCUGAUCUCAGGUCGUUAUGUUUUAUAAUGUUUUUAUUAUUCAGUUUAAUAAAGUCACUACUACACAAA